AUGAGUAGUUUAGUUAAAAAUCAAUCAUCCCCUUAGAUUAACUUUAAGAAGCUGAUUAAGAAACUUAUAAUGAAAAUGAAUAGAGAGUUAGAUAAAAAUUAGGAAGAAGCUGCCUAUCAUUUAAAUCGAGGUGCCCUAGCUUGUUUUACUACAUUAUGCAACACUUUGAGUAUAAACAACAGAGUGAUUGAAGUGAAUUUAUCAGGAUGCAACAUUAAUGUAUAUUACGCAAUUGAGAUUAGUGGUUUAAUAUAAAAAAACACAAAUAUAUAAAUAUUAAACCUAGGGAGCUGUUUGAUCAAUUCUUUUGGACUAAGCUGUAUAUUCAGAGCAUUGAUCGAUCACUCAGGAUUGAAGAUCCUAAAUUUGUUUAACAAUUAAGCAUUCACAACCGCGAUAGUCCAAGAUUUUUGCAGGUAUGUUUUAUGCGGGAAGAACUAAUUAUAGGAGAUAAAUUUAUCUCAUUGCAACAUUCAAAACUCUUUAUUAGCCUAAAUAAUGGAUAAAACUCAUCAUUUAAGCUCUUUGAGACGCUUAAAAUUAUCCUUGAUGAGUUUGAAUUCAGAAGGAAUCUUCGCCUUAUCAAGCAUGAUGCUCAAUUAUACAGGUAAACUCAAUUUGGAUUACUUGGACAUUUCAUACAAUCAGAUUAAAAAUGAAGGGAUUGAAUUAUUAGCUAAAGGGUUGUUCAUGUCAGUUCGAUUAAUUAAAAUAAAGUCAUUGAAUCUGAAUGGAAAUCACAUUUCUCAGACAGAAUUUUUGGAAUAAAUAAUAAUGAAAAUUCAAUUAGAGGAAUUGCAUCUAGCUCAUAAUUAAUUAGUAGAAUUUUAAAAUCAAUAAGUUCUCAAUUUGAAAUUGUUAAGAAUAGACCUAUCCCAUAAUAGAAUUGAGGAAAUACCUAACAAUUUUUUUCUAAAUGUUUUCUACUUAAAUUUAUCCAGUAAUCAAAUUAAUACUGAAGGAGCUUAUUAGAUAAGUCAAGUGUUGAGUUCUAAUAAAGUUAGAUGGAUGUAUUUAGACUUAACCAAUAAUAAAAUUAAAACCAAGGGAUUUAUCUCUAUUAUUUAUGCAUUGAUUGAAAACACCAGUCUAACCAGUCUGUCGGUAUCCAAAAAUCAAAUUACAGGCGAGGGCAUUUUGGUCUAUAUUUUUAAUCAUGAAUAAAUUCGGUUGCAAUAUUUAGACCUUUCACACAAUCAAUUGAGAUAUGAUUUGGUUUAUGCUUUAAUUUCAAUGAUGAAGGAAUCAAGAUUGAAAUCCUUAAUCUUAUCACAACUAUUUAAUGAUGAAAAUGAAAUUCAAAGUGGUAAAUAAGAUUGUUUUGAAAUUAAAUGUACCAACUUAAAGGAAUUAGAUUUCAGUUCUAAUCCCUCAAUCAUGUAACCCAUUUUAGAAUCACUGUGUAAACAGUAUAAUAGACUUGAAUACCUCAAUCUGAAUGCUUGUGGCUUAAAUCAAUCUAUUUUAAUUGAGAAGCUGAGUAUUCUAAUUGAAAAAACUUAUACAUUAACUACUCUCUAGAUAGCUUAAAACCAUUUAGGUUCCUUAAACCAAUAAUCCUUAGAUUAAUUGAGUAGCUCUUUAGGGAAGAACUCGACAUUAAGGAAUUUAAAUUUAUCAAGUAAUAAGUUGAAAGAUUCAAUUUAAUUUCUCAUAAAUGGAUUGUAAAAUUGUUGUUCUUUAAGAAAUUUAAAUAUUAGCAAUAAUUUGAUUGAUGAAAAUGAAAUGAUAGCCAAGAAAUUGCCUUUAAUAUUUAAGAAUAGAAGUUUGUAAAUUGUGGACUUAUCAAGCAAUUGGAUACAUGGUAAAACUCUUUAAAAUAUAAAAUAUUGUAUACAAAAGAUGCACUCAUAAUUUCCACAAUUAAUAUUAAAUAAUCUUAAACUCACUGCAGAUGAUUUAUUAAUUUUAUCAGAUAUCAUAUCAGAUAUAUCUUCCUUUAAAGUAUUAGAUAUUAGUCUUAAUGAUUCAAUCGAUUAUAUGAACAAUUUUACAGCAUUAUAGGAUCAUAAGGAAGUAAAGUCGUUGACAAUUAAUAAGAUAUAAUGUAGACUAGAAUCUUAUUAGUUUUUGCAAUAGAUAAUAAAAUAAAAUCAAAAUUCAUUAUCAGUAAUUGAAGUCUCUAAUACUCUUAUAUCAUAAAAUUAUUUGCUUACUCUGCUUCACGGAAUGACCUAUUCUAAACACUUGAAAUCUUUUAUUCUCGAAUACUAACUCAUUGAAUCAAGAGAGAUUCUUGAAGCCUUUUCAACUUUGAUCCAAAUCAAAGCUCUAGAUAAUUUAUAACAUUUAAUUAUUAAGAAAUCUACUUUAUCUUUAGAUUUCUUUAUGGUUUUGAAAUAACUACUAUAAUAGACUGAGCAACUCUAAGAAUUAGACAUAAGCGAAAAUAGAAUAAAUUAGCGAAAGUUUGAAAUUCUAUGUUAAGGAAUAUCAAUUAACAAUAGUUUAAUAACAUUGAAUUUAUCAAAUAUUAAAUUAGAUGAUUUUAAAUGCAAAUUAUUAAUAGAAUCAUUAUAUAAAAAUAGAACUAUAUAGAAUCUUGAAUUGUCAAGAAAUAACUUGACUUAAUAGAGCUAUUACAACUUUUUUGAGGUCUUCAACAAUAAUAUCUCUUAAUUAUAAAAAUUAAAAUUUUCGAAAACCAAAAAGUAGUCACUUAUUAGAACACUUCCUGAAUACAAAUAUGAUUUCCUAAUCAACUUUGAUUUGCCAGAAUAAUCAAGGUUUCUAUUUUGCAAUUUAAUUUAACUUGAUUUAACUAGGGUUAAAUAUUAAUUAACAAGCUUAAAAUAAUUAAUCAAUAGAAUUAAACCAGACUAAAUAUUUUAGAAUGUUGUAGUUGUAAUAUUUAAUGAAUGCCAAUUUGAGGAUGAGCAUUGUGAACUAUUAUUAGAAUUAUUAAUACAUUAAAUUAAAUUAUAAGAAUUGUCUUUGACAACAAAUAACAUUACUUCGAAAGGGUUUAACACAUUAAUAAAUUUUAUCUUGGAAAACAAGAGUCAUUUAAGAAAGUUAGUAAUAUCAAACAAUUGUAUCGAUUCUUACAUUCUCUCUAAACGAUGUCUCAAAAGGCUUACACACUUUAAUUUAUUAAUAAUUGAUAAUAAUAAGGCUUUAGGAAAUUAAGAUUUAAUUGAUUUUUUAAAAAUAAAUCCAGGAUUAUAUAUUUAUAAUACAUGGACUUAGGCGACUGAGGAGUUGGCAUUUUAGAUAAUAGAAUAAUAUAUUUAAUAUAGCAUAAAUUAUAAUAUAAAGAUGACGCCAUUUUAUUUGAAAAGCUUGAUAAUCAGAGAUUCUAAUUUGACUGACAAUUUUUUGAUUUGGUUUGGUUCGAAAUACUUUCAUUUUUAAUAUUUGGAAUCUAUAGAUUUUUCUGGUAGUACUAAAUAUAGUACAAGUGUUGGAAAGAUGCAUAUGUACAUUAGCAUGAUAAAUGAAUAAUUUAUGAAUUACAAUCUUAUUGAUGGAAAGAUAGAUAAUGAGUAGAGAGUAAUUAAUAUUUUUGACGACGGUAUUUUAUAAUGCUCAUUAAUAAAAUUGAAGAACUAUUUUCUAAGAAAUGGAAGCAAUGGAAAAUGGAUGAUUUAAUUGAUAAACACAAAUUAAUAUUAAUAUACCGAAUUUAAGUUAAGUAGCUCCUUAUAUAGAUUUUUGAGACAAAAUAAAUUCUAAAUUAAAACAUAUUGCUUUAUUUAAUUUUUUUCAGUUCCUAUUAAGGCAAUUUUGAGUGCCAUUAUAGGAUUCUAUUUUGAACAUUUGGUAGAUCCAAAAUAAGUAAAUAUUAAUUGUAAAAAUAUGAAUCCCUGUUACUUCACAAACUUAAAUAUCUAUAUCAUUGGAGUCAGUAUAGCCUAUAUGAUCAUCACACUUUUUAUAUAGAUGUUGAGUUUUUAUGUUGCAAUCAAAAUCAGAGUUAAGGCUGUUCCAGACUAUUGUAUUAGAACCUUCGAAGAAAAGCAAUCCUAAAUGUAUAGAUAUCCUUUAAGGCAUGAGUUGAUGCUAUUUUUCAUACAGUUUUUCAUACAGACUGAUUAUUUCUUUGAAUUUGAAGUAAUUGGAUUUUGUGGUAGUUUUAUAAAAUUUUUACAGGAGCAAAACAUUUAAAAAGAAUUGCAAUUUAAGUUUUUUGUUCUUUUAUUUGCCUUAUCAUCAAUAACAAUAAUUAAAUUCAUAAUUGUUACUUACACAAAUUAUAAUAAUAUGUAUAAUCUAUUUAAAAACUUGGAUUCAGAUUAAGCAACAUUUUUUUCACAUAUUUGGAAGAUGAGCGAGAAGAACUAUGUAUUAGAAAGUGUAUUAAGAUAAUUUUGUCCUUAAAUUGGAAUAUAAAUCAAAAAAUAUCUAUUAAAUAGUAGAUAAAUUUCUGAGUUCAUAUUAGCUUUACUAAUCUAUCUUCCUUCAAUUAUCUGUAUGACAAUCUAUUUCAAUUUAUCCUCUCAAUAUUUUGAAUCAUAAUAUGAAUCCAUUAUUAUCCCAUCUGCAUACUUUGUAUUUUUGAUUGGAUAAAUCAGAGUCAUCUUUGGAUUCUUUUUUCAUUUGAAUAUUGCACUUACUUCUAGACCUCCAUAAGUAAAUGGAUUUGAUUUGAAUCAUACCUUACUAUAACGGAAAUAUUAACAAUUUUAUAAAGAACAAGAUAAGUACAAAAACUUAGAUGUACAUCAAGAGACAAACCUAAUCAGUUUGGCGAAUAGUAAAAAGUGGAAAAAUGAAAAGAAGUUUUUUAUAAAAUAAAAUAAAAUUGAAUUUUGA